GUCUAUGACGUGGCUCCUGAAACUUGUGCAAAAGGAAGCGUUGUCUUCCUGCUCCACCUGCAGGAGGCUGACCCGCUCAGAGCUGCAAGACAUGGUGCCACCAGUGCAAAGAAGCAAGAACCACACUGCGCCGGAUGGAGCCAGGGGCUAACAGGUUUAAACAUGAGAUCACGGGUGCAUCAUUUGAUAUCACGCAUUUGGUUUUGA